GGGGAGGGCGGCGGACUGGUCCGGAGUGAAGCCAGGGGUGGGAGUCCAACCGCCUGAACUCAGCGACAUCCUGCCAACAGACUCAUCAUGGAUAUAUAAGCUGCAGCACACCUGCUUGACAAUAACGACUUCAGACCUCCGACAACUGACCUCAGCCUGUUACCAAAGUUCAGGUGCCUUCAGUGACUCCACAGCAUGCUGCCUGGGAGAACGGCUGAUGUCCAGCACUGCGUCUUGACAAGCCGCUGGCUGCCUGCAUCUCUGGCGCUGCUCAUCCUCCUCUCCUCCAGCUUCAGCAGAGCCCACAGCACCACGGUGGAACAUGACUUCCACAUUGUUCACAAUGUUGACAACAGAAGUCCAGAGAUAGACCCAUUCUGGUACGUGGGGCGUGGGGUGAGACCCAUUGGGCGCUUCGGGAAGAGGCACAGCAGUGUGGAGGCUCUGGGCAACGGGGGGAUGCAGCCUGUCGUCAGGACGUUGGCACUGCUGCUCAGCAGCCUCAGAAACAAGGAGAACCUUGGGAACGUGCUGGAUGGGGAGGACAGGGAUUGGUUACCAUGACAGCGUGUCCUUCUUUCUUCAUCCACAAACUCUGUCUUCAUUUUUUAUCUUGAUUGAGGUUAUAAACCAUUUUGCUCUAGCUCUUAACCGUAUUUUCUCUCUGGUGUCUGUUAUGAGGCCUUGGUUGAUAGGAUCCUCUGUGAAAUCACCCACCAAAUGUAUCUGUACAUAAAAAUGCAUUCUAUAUUGAUUAAUAAACCAGGAUGUUGUGAUUAUA